AUGGGGAAGAAGCAUCUUUCAAUGGGAUUAUGGGACAUGAAGACAUUGUUCCAUUGUAGCAUAAUCAUGUUUUUCUUGGGUGGUCUAGCAACUUUAAGCUAUUAUAAGAACAACAAUAAUCGAGUAGCAACACCAACAACAACUAGCAACGUACAGGUCGUUACUCUUACAACUACGAAUACAAUUACAACUUUGAAUGCUAAAGCAUACACGAAUGCUAAUCAAAGUACAAAAGUUUUUGAUCAUAAGAGAAGGCCGAAGAUUACACCACCAUCAUUAACAGAAACAUGUGAUUUGUUUUCUGGCCGAUGGGUUCACGAUAACAAGAGUCAUUACCCUUUGUAUAAAGAAGAUGAGUGUCCUUAUCUUCAUGGUGAUUUAGCUUGUCAAACUUAUGGCAGAAAGGAUUCUAAGUAUCAGCAAUGGAGGUGGCAACCCCAUAGCUGUGACUUCCCAAGGUUUGAUGGCAAAGCGAUAGUCGAGAGAUUAAGGGGUAAAAGGCUAUUGUUUGUGGGUGAUUCGGUAAAUAGAAACCAAUGGGACUCAAUGUUAUGCAUGCUCCAUUCAUCAAUCCCUGGGAAAAAGAAGGUUAAUAUGGGAGCUCUCAAUAGAACCUUGUACACAUUUAGGGCCAAGGACUACAAUAUCUCCGUCGACUACUAUUGGGCUCCAAUGCUGGUGGAAUCUAAUGGUGAUGAUCCAUCCAACCAUCGUCUUGACCAUCGAACUAUUCGAAUAAAAAACAUUGGGAAACAUGCUAGACAUUGGGUUGAUGCUGAUAUAUUGGUCUUCAAUACAUAUCUUUGGUGGAGAUUACCUAUAAUAAAGUUCUUGAAGGGUCCUGGAUCAUUGUUGGGUGGUCCUAAUCAAGUCUACGAUGAAGUCGAUAAUCUCAUUGCAUAUAAAAUGGUUCUUGAAACAUGGUCUAGAUGGGUACAUGCCCAUAUUGAUUCUGCAAAGACUAGGAUUUUUUUCAUGGGCCUUACAGCAACUCAUUCAAGAGCUACAGAUUGGGGAGGCAAGAAGCUAGCAACAUGUUACAAAGAGAAAGAGCCAGUGAUGAAAGACAGAUUUUGGGAGAGCGGAACAGAUCCAAAGAUGUUAAGAAUAUUGGAUUCUUCGUUAACAAAAUUGAGAGCCAAAGGGGUGAAUGUUCAACUAAUAAACAUAACACAACUAACACAAUAUAGAAAAGAUGCACACCCGACUGUCCAUAGAAGAUUAUGGCGUCCCUUAACCGAAGAUCAAAAGAAGAACCCACAACGUUCUUCUGAUUGCACACAUUGGUGCCUUCCCGGAGUUCCUGAUAUUUGGAAUGAGCUGCUACUGGCUCACAUUUUCCCAACAACAGAAACCGCUAGCGAGUAA